CUAUGCUUUGCUUUUGGUUUGUGCGUGGUUUUCAUUCUUCCAUUGCUUCUUCUUCAUUACUUGCUUUGUUCCUCGCUCGCUUUGCUUCACAUCUUCUUCAUCGCUCCUCCUUUCAUCUCGCCAUCCCCCGCGAGUCGCAGCGAUGACGGCUACAACUGCGGGUUGCUGUCAAAGGUUGCAAAAUCAAUCACAAAAGCUGCCCAUGGAGGUGGGAUCGGGAAGGAGACGUCUCUCCCUUGACAGUUGGGUGUGCUUACCUAUUCUUCGGCCCGUGCGCACGACUCCCACUUCAUCGUCGGAAAGUUCUUGCACCGCGCCUAAGGAUUUGUCUCUUGUCAAGACCCUAGCAUUGGACGUCACCUUCACCGGAGAAGAUGAAGCUCUGUCGAAGGAGUCUGGUUGUGAGACACCCAAAUCAAAGGAACACAGAAUACCUGAAGUGGACAUUUCCUUCUGCCCUCCGGCUCCGAGGAAACCUCGCGCCACGGCUCGUCGUCGGCGUGUGCAGCCCACUAGCUUCUUCAACACAUCUGAUUUUGAGAAUUUUCUCUCCCAGCACAAAGUGGAAGUGAGUAGUUGAUGGUGAAAUCUCUCCAGACUCUCUCAAAGGAGCUAACACAUCUCUUCGAGGUUGUUUUUUCUCUCUCUCAGGAGUGCUUGUACAGGUAGAUUGCAGUCUUGAGUGCUCAUGCCUACCGUGUUGUCUAAUUCACCCUGACGACGCGUAAAUUUCGAAACGAAGGACCUCUCCCUGUGGAGUGAAACAAUGAAGGGGCUUCACUGGAAGCUAUUCUUGGCGAUGGGUUCCUGGCCUCUUGCAAUAUUGAUGAUGAACAGUUUCUCCGGUUGUCAAAGCUUAUCAUUUCGAGUAGCACUAUGCAUUAGACUGGCUAAGGGGGUGUUUCAUGAUAGUUGACCUUUUUCUUGUACAUGGAGGUGCAGAAGGCUUAUGCACUGUGUAGAAAAUUGGGCUUCGGGUGAUGGGGGUAAUAGAUUCUAGGUUAAACUAUUCUUUGCUCAAGCACUUCCAUUUGGAGGGAUGCAAGUUAUGAAAGCAUUGUUUUGAUAGCUUCGUUGCGGGUAGCUAUGCACACUCCAACCUGGGAGUUGUCCUUUGGCGAUUCUGUGAUGUUUUUCUCAGUGAAGGAGUAGGUUCGAGACACAUCGUAAUGGUGUAGAGGUCAGAACAGAUUAGUGAACUAUUCUUUUUUCUUUUUUGCUUUCACCUGAGCUCGCACGCAUGUGUGAUGAGUUGGUUCUGCAAAGUAUACUACAAAUCAUAGAAAUCCUUCGAGGCUGUGCUGCUGGGGUCUAGCCUGGUUUAGAAAGCAACCCAGGAUCAUGUAAUUUACAUCACUGAAGAUAAAUCAUCAUGCCUGGCCACCGUCUUAAUAUUGCAUUAA